UUCUCUCCGCAGUGGGCUCCGAGGCUGAGAGGCGCCGGGCUGCGCCUUUUCGUCCAUGUGGCCAACACGGCUUUUGGGCAGAUCUGCUUACUGCCAUUCUUAAUGAGAAUGAACAACUUCUCGCUUAUGCGUUCCCUUGACAUUCCUGAAGAUCCCACGUUUAUCCCGGAGGUUGCUGCAGGGGUUACAGAAGACAAGUCUGAGGCUAAAAACCCUUCAGAUGUUAUCAAGCAGCUGACAGAUGCAAGGUCUGAUUCUGCUAGGAAUGGGUUUAGCUUCAAAGGGAUCAAAGACUAUCUGGAAUGUUACCGGAGUGGGAAGCUGACGCCAUCCCAGGUAGCCAAGAACAUCAUUGCCAUGUUGGAGGACUGUGACAAAUCCACGCCACCACUCAGAGCCAUAGUGCAAUGGGACCAGGAGCAAAUAAUGCAGAUGGCUGAGGCCUCCACUGCUCGUUACAGGAAUAAGUGUACCCUGUCUUGUCUGGAUGGCAUCCCAGUGUGCCUGAAAGAAGAGUUCAAAGUGGUACCUUACCGUCACCGAGUGGGAACAGUGUAUCUUGGGUCACAGCCAGAAACAGAAGAUGCUACUGUGGCCAAGAAGCUGCGAGAGGUUGGGGCUAUCAUUAUUGGGGUCUCAAACAUGCAUGAACUAGGGACUGGAACAACUGGAUGCAACCCUAAUAGGUACCACAAGAUCCCUAGGAAUCCCUACAAUGCUAACCACUUCACAGGUGGGAGCUCCAGUGGGUCAGCAGCAGCUGUAGCAGCAGGUCUCUGCCCCGUGGCUAUUGGCACAGAUGGAGGAGGCUCUGUGAGGAUUCCUGCUUCGUUCUGUGGUGUGGUGGGGCUGAAAGGUACAUUUGGGCGCAUCAGUUGUCAUGGCAGUUUGCCACUCUCCUACUCCACAGUCAGCGUAGGCCCUAUCUGUACAUCGGUAACAGAUGCAGCUAUUGUUUACAGUAUCCUUGCUGAGCCAGAUCUGCUCUAUCCAUAUGGACUAAAACAGCCCAAAGCAACCCUAUCUGAUAUGUGUGCUCCUGACCUGAAAGGCUUAAAACUCGGAGUGGACUGGACAUUUUUUAAGGCAUGUGAUGCUGAAAUCCUGUCUGCCUGUGAGAAAGCCGUGAAGCACCUGCAGAGUUUGGGAGCCAGUGUGGUUGAAGUCUCUCUUCCAGAGAUGGAGGAAGCACGAGUGGCACAUGUGAUCUGCAUUCUCAGUGAGAUGAGGGACUUCCUGCAACCUGACUUCAAUAAACAUUUCCAUGAAAUGAAUUUGGAAACUCGGGCUAGCCUGGCUUUAGCUUCCCAGUUCACAGCUUUGGAUUAUAUUAAGGCAAAUCGACAGAGAACUCGGUCCAUGAGAUUUCUGCAAGAGAUCUUCAGCACUGUGAACUGUAUCCUUACACCAGCUGUUCCUUGCACUGCCCCAAGAAUUUAUGAAUCUGACCUCUUGACUGGGAGCAGCGAUAUGUCCUUCACAGUCCGGUCCAUGAGGUUCAUGCAGCUUGGUAACUUCACUGGUAUUCCAGGCCUUGUGGUCCCCAUUGGAUAUUCUACUGCCGGGCUUCCGAUUAGCCUCCAGGUCAUGGCAAAAUGGUGGGAUGAAGCUGUUCUUCUGAGGAUUGGCCUAAAGCUAGAGCAGUUCCGUGACCAGACCAAAAAACCAUCCAUUUAUUAUGACAUCCUCGCAUGAUGGACCAACCAAGAUGGGGAACAAGUCUGGUUUUUUUUUCCUAGUCUGACCUGACCAAGUAUUAGAGUGAACUUGUUUUCAGUGAUUAUCAGAAUAAGGCUUAAACGCAGGCCCAUGUGAGCAAUGAGGACAAACUGCUGAUCCAGUCAGGCACUGAGGCUGAGCAGACACUUCUGCUCUGUGCCUGGUGGAUGGAUAUAUUAGGGAGAUUAACUGUGCUAGCUAGUUGGGCUUUUGCCAACAGGAGAAACUGCAACUAUCUUCUACAAUUUCUUCCCAUGUAGGGGUCCUGUGCACAGGUGGAAGUUGCAUCUGCAGGACUGCAUGAAGGCCAUUCACACUACUGUACAGGGCAAGGUACAACAACCUUCUCAUGGAACUCCUCCAGGACAGAACAAAGGUCCUGUUUCUGAAGGGGAAAGGCAGCAAACACUGCCUAGCACCCUUGGAAUGAGGAGGAUCUUAACCCACCUGCAUUUAGGCAGCAUUUGUUUUGGCCCUGUACUCAGGCACUGGGAGCAAACCACAAAGCAUGUAGCUAAGGAGGUGUUGCUGUGCCUCUGUCCCUUGCGCUGCCAACAGUUCAAGGUCAGCCCAGCAGCUGCACGUUUGGGUGUGUCCCAGAGUCCUGCCUCCCUUGAGCCUGGCACGCAAGGGGAGGAAAAGCCACACCAUGAACCAUCCUUGACUGCACCCCAAAGCCCCGGUGCAGUGUUCUGGCUUUCUUUUGCACUUCUCCAAUUCCUAAGCUAAGCCUUGGAGAGCCUCUUUUCUCCUGCUGGUUGAUUAUAUAUAAGCCUAGGUGUCCAAGUGGAAGAAGCCACUGGAUAAUGCUAUGAAAUACUGUUCAAGGGGUGCUGAGCCAGCUAUUUGGAACAGGUGGAAUCUGUAGGAAGCACUACUGAGCUACUACAAAAACUGAAGCUGGAUGCAAGAAGGGUGUUGCACAAAGCCACAUGCAGCAAAGAGCCUGCUCUAGAUAAGAAACCAACCUUCUCUUAUCUUUAAAUUACUUCCUAAAAUAAUCAAGGUAGACACAGAUUAUUGCAUAAAGCAUGACAUGGCUGUAAGCCAUCAUGUUAUUUUCUUGAAAGGCUCCAGACUGUAAAUUCUCUAGUACUUUUGUCCUGCCAGCAACAUUAGGAAAGCCUUUAGGAGCAACUAAACCUAAGCAUUUAUGUUUAUUUUGGGGUGAAUGCUCAGAGGCACUUCCUGUUGCCUGCCUUAUUAGGCAUCCUGGACUUGUGAUCAGGCUGCUGGAGCAGCUGUCCUACAGACAGCAGAGAUCACUGUAUUCUUAUGUAGUUUGGAAGGAAAGAAGAAACAGAAAGAAAUUGCAGUUUCUCCCAAACUCAGUACAAUUCUGGGAUUUUUCUUUCCCAUACCUACAUCCUCUUUAACCAGAGCUAGCACUUUACUGAUGGCUGAAAUUGUCAGAUGGCAUCUGCAUGCAAGAAGAUUGCAUUGCUGUCCCCUGCCUAAUUACCUGAGUUAAAACAUCAGCUCCUACCAUCAUGCUGUCACCAGCAUGCACAGUUAAUUGUACGGUUGACAAUGCUUUUUAUCUUGUAUUCCUCUAUGGGAAAUUGCCACAACUGUUUUUUUCACUGGAGUCUAGUAGAGUGAGGGAGGAGGUUGCUAGGAGGAGAGAGGCUAAAGUAAACGGUUGUUUUUUAAAGAUACCUGCAUCUUCCAAGCAGUGGGAAGAAGAAAGAACUGAGUUUUUACUGACUGACAGUAACUCAGCCUCUCUUUUCACACACUGCUUCCUUACUUUGCCUAAACGUAUCUCAUCAAUGCCCAUUUCCAGUGCAAGACUUUCCUAGUACUGAGGUCACUAAAAUAAACUUGACUCAUCCUGGUGAAA